CUCGAUGUCCUUGCACAUGCGCUUUCAAUCACUUGCGAAAUAAGAUUUGCAUCUUGGGAACGACAUCAACAAACAUGGCGCUGCACGUACCACGAGCUCCGGGCUUUGCCCAAAUGAUGAAAGAUGGUGCUAGGCAUUUCAGUGGUCUAGAAGAGGCAGUGUAUAGAAACAUAGAUGCUUGUAGAGAAUUAGCAAAGACAACUAUUUCUGCUUUUGGCCCUCAUGGCCAAAACAAAAUGGUGAUUAAUCAUUUGGAAAAACUUUUUGUCACAAAUGAUGCUGCCACCAUCUUGAGAGAGUUGGAAGUGGAGCAUCCAGCAGCCAAAAUUCUUGUCAUGGCCUCCCAGCAACAAGAACAGGAAUGUGGAGAUGGAACCAAUUUUGUUUUGGGCUUUGCUGGUGCUCUCUUAGAGAAUGCUGAAGAACUGUUGAGAAUGGGUCUAUCUGUUGCUGAAGUAACAGAAGGUUAUGAAAUGGCUCUGAAGAAAGCUUUGAAUAUUUUGGAAGGACUUUCUUUGGGUACAGUGAAAAAUCUACGGAACAAAGAGGAAGUUUUACCCGCUGUGCGCUCAGCUGUCAUGAGUAAACAGUAUGGCAAUGAGGAUUUCUUGGCCAAUGUCAUCGCGGAUGCAUGCAUUUCCAUACUUCCAGAGAAAGUUAGUUUCAGUGUGGAUAAUAUCAGAGUCUGCAAAAUUUUGGGCUCUGGAAUUUUACAAAGCUCUGUAGUUUCUGGUAUGGUGUUUAAACGUCUUGUGGAAGGGGAUGUGACAAAAGUGGAGAAAGCCAAAAUAGCUGUCUUCUCUUGUCCCCUGGAUUCUAUGCAAACAGAAACAAAGGGAACAGUUUUGAUCAAAAAUGCAGAUGAACUUAUGAGUUUUAGCAAAGGUGAAGAAAAUUUGAUGGAACAGCAAAUCAAAGAGAUAGCAGAUGCUGGUGUGAAUGUGGUAGUGACUGGUGGGAAGGUUGGAGACUUGGCUCUGCACUAUGCCAACAAGUACAAACUUAUGGUUGUUCGACUACUGUCUAAAUGGGACUUGAGACGUCUUUGUAAAUCCAUCAAUGCCACUGCUCUUCCCAAAUUGACUGCUCCAACAGCUGAAGAGUUAGGAUACUGUGAUAAUGCCUAUGUAGAUGAAAUUGGUGACACUCCAAUUAUAGUUUUUAAACAAGAUAAGAAAGAAACACCAAUAGCCACUAUUGUGAUAAGAGGCUCCACGGAAAACAUCAUGGAUGACAUUGAGAGGGCUAUAGAUGAUGGGGUUAAUACUUUCAAGGCAUUAACUAAGGAUAAUAGAAUUCUUCCGGGUGCUGGAGCAGUAGAAAUUGAAUUGGCUACACAGAUUUCUACUUUUGGAGAGAGUCUUCCUGGUUUAGAACAGUAUUCUGUGAAAAAAUUUGCUGAGUCUUUGGAAAUGGUACCAAAAGCUUUGGCUCAAAAUGCAGGAAUUAAGGCAACAGAUGCCAUUAGUAAACUAUAUGCUGCUCAUCAUGAGAAGAAAGUCAAUGCAGGCAUUGAUAUUGAGGCUGAAAGUGCUGCAGUCAUGGAUGCUGCUGAAGCUAAAAUAUUUGAUCUGUACAUAACCAAAUACUGGGGUUUGAAAUUCGCCACAUCCGCUGCCUGCACUGUACUUCGUGUAGAUCAGAUUAUUAUGGCCAAGAGAGCUGGCGGACCAAAAGCUAAACAAAAUAAAGACUGGGAUGAAGAUUAGAGUUUGUUCUGUAUUUAAAUUUACCAACACAGAUCUUACUGGGAGCUAUCAUAUACUGACUAUGGAAGCAUUAGCCCAUUGAAUGUUUGUUGUGUUUGAACAUGCUUGAAUUUCUUUUUUUUAAACUUGAUAAACGUUUCAUGUGUGAAUCUUUUCAUAGUUUCUUUUUAUAAUAAAAUUUUAUUUAAAAACAAAA